CGCGUAACAGUAAACACACCAACGGACGAACAGAAAGAGAGAGCUGAGUGUCCAAGUGCCCAGUGCCAAGUUCCAUUCAAACCAAAGAACGAAACUCCCACGAGCAGCUAACAGCGAACAGUUCUUGUUUGCUAACACCAAUACAAAUAUUGAGCUGGUCGAAACAGCUGAGCAACAGCGUCGUGUUUUUUUUUGUUCUUCGUCACUCACUGUUAACGGUCGCGUUUUGUGUUGUACUGUUUUUUUUUUACUGUGUAUUUGUAUGCUCUGUAGGCAGCAACCCUGCAUAAGAAAGUGUUAAAAUUAGCAGAUCAUCAAGUAAUCUGCCAGCCUGUAUAAUAAGCCUGCCCAGAAGUCCCUGAUCAAAUCGCGCCACAAUGGAGAAAUCCAGCUUAACAGAGAAGAAUCGCACAAACGUGUACAAUGAGACGACGAAGCCAAAGAAGCCGAAGCGUCGGGACAAGAGCGAUCUGGGACCCGAUUUUGUGGCGCCCGACGGGGGAUGGGGCUGGGUGGUUUGCCUGGCGGCGGGUUUUAAUAACUUCUUCCUUUUCCCGGCACUGCAGCAAUAUGGCCUGAUUUACAGAGGGCGAAUGAAAGACUUGGGCUUCGAUGCCAAGCAAACCACGACCAUUGUGAACGUGGUGAUGGCGGUCUCGUCGCUAGUGGGCAUCGUCAAUGGAGCCAUGUUCCGUAGGUUCACAUUCCGCCAGGUGGCUCUGACCGGCACCAUUUUGGGCUUCGUGGGCAUCUUCAUGUCGGCCUUUUGCACCACCUUUUGGCAGUACAUCGUCUGCCUGUCGGCUGUCUAUGGCAUCGGCUUGGGAUUGGCCAUGGCUGCCACUUCGCUGGCGGUCAACACCUACUUCAAAGCGAAGCGUCGUCGUGCCACGGGAUUCUCGUGGACGAUCACUGGCCUUGGACCCAUAUUCUUUCCCCAUGUUUCCAACUUCUUGCUGGACUUCUAUGGCGCCCAGGGAAGCAUUCUGAUUUACUCAGGCAUCGCAAUGAAUGCCGUUCUCUGUGCUCUGACCCUUCAGCCGGUUCUGUGGCACGUGAAGAAGCCAGCGAAGCCCCCGGUUUUGGUUGUCGAAGGAAUCGCCGAGACGGAGAAACUGCAACCGGAGCUUAUGGAGGCCAAUGGAAAUCUUCUGACGCCGACUAAUGAUCCCUGGAAGGAUUACGAGUGCAAGUACUGCCAGUGCCAGAAGCGCAGCAAGCGAGGAAUCUUCUCGUCGCAAUAUCUCUUUAACGUGGACGAUCCGGAGCGACCGGGUUACGAGAUUACCGAACCGGGAACUCCCAUGUUGGCUCGUGCCAACGAUGGCUGGUUUGGAUCCAAGAUCUCGUUGACUUCGGAGGGCGCUGGAGGGGCUCGCUAUCGCACUCGCCAGGCGUUGAUGCGUCAGGUUUCGUCUAGGAGCCGCGAAAAUCUCGAUCGCGUGGAACAGAGCAGGGAGGAUCAUUACGGCGGUGCAACGGACACAGCCUCACCGCUCUACAAACCGAACUACUUCAAUCGGGAACGCGAGGACAUGGAUCGCUAUGCCAGCAAGACGAGCGUCUAUUCGCGUCCUGGUGUGGAGGAACUGCAGCGAUGCACCUGUGCCGAGGAUAAGGCUCUGCUGCAGAAGACCGCCGAGUCGCUGCAGGUGGAUCUGAUGAACCAGGAGGCCGCCGAGAUUGCCGAGGAGGAGGCCAAGCAGCGCAUGACAUUCUGCCAGAAGGUCAGCAAGUUCUUCGAUUUGGAUCUGUUGCGCGAUUUCACCUUUGUGAAUUUGGCCGUUGGCAUGAGCAUCAUGAUGUUCGGCGAGAUGAACUUCUCGGUCCUGACCCCGUUCAUUUUAAAUAGCUUCGGCUAUAAGGAUACGCAGAUCUCCCUGGUGAUGUCACUGCUGGCCUGCAUGGAUAUAUCAGUCCGAUUCCUUGCUCCGCUUGCCUUGGAAAAGGUUAAGCUGGAUAAUCGAGUCCUUUUCGCCUUCGGAAUCCUUUGCAUUGCCGUGGGUCGUGUGGUGGUGGCCUUCACAAAGUCGUACGAGGUCAUGAUCGGCGUCUUCCUGCUGAUUGGUUUCGGCAAGGGCUUCCGCACCAUCUUCUCCCCCCUCAUCAUUCCCAGCUAUGUCCCGCUGAAUCGAUUGCCAGCCGCCUCCGGACUGCAGCUCAUCUUCAACACGUUAUUCUCCAUCGCCAUGGGCCCCAUUCUAGGUAUCCUAACUGAGGCCUUUGGUUAUGCGGCCACCAUCCAUACCAUCAACGCACUUACCGGCUUGGCCCUAAUCCUUUGGCUAACGGAAUCGGUGGUUCGCCGGCUUUUGGGAAGACCAUCGAUGGGUUUGGGCCAAUAGAAGUGGCAUUGGGGCAAAUCCGAUUUGGAAACGCGGCGAGAGGGCGCUGAAUGCCUUCGUCGGAACUGAACUACUUGCAUGUCCAUCCCAGUGUGCGAGAUCGUAGCUUAAUUGGAGCUGUAGACAUACGUAAUGCCUAGUCCAUACUUUCCGAUCGAUUUGUGUGUGUAUAGUAUUACUUGAGCAUGCGGCGCCGCUGUUGCCCGUACUUAAAGAUACCUAAGAACCAUAGCUCUUAACUAGCUCAUAAUCCACCCAUCGCCACCUUAAUUUACGGUCAAUUUUUUUUCUAGACUUUGAUACUCUUACUAUACUUAAUGUGUGUACUUAGUGAUAUGUUAUAAGUGUAAUAUUGUUCCGCAGUUGAUUAAUAUAUAUAUUAGUUAGAAAAUAUAAUGUCUUUGCUCAGCGGUGUCAACAAGUUAAUAUAUAGUACACUUAUUGUAAAGUGACAAUUUAAAAAAAUACUUUGUUUGGAACACAUGACUUGAUUA